GUGUAUCCAAUGGUGAGUGGCGUUGGCUUCGGUGGCUUGUGGCUUCGUGUAGCGUCGUCUGUGUUACGUUAUACGGCGUUUCAUCAAUUCUAACGACGUUUUGCUUCAUGUUUUUCCUGUAUCAUACUUUCGCGCUUCGUGUUACAUUGCGGCGUGACCUAUACUGUGGUGCAUCCGUGUGGCUUGUUGCGGUGGCAGUUGUGAUAGUACUUCCUGCGGCGGGAAUAGUGCGGCACACUGUGGUUGGUGGCGGCAUCGAUUUCAGCUGCGUUUCAUGUAUCAUCAACUGCGGCGUCGUAUACUGGCUUACGGCGGCUAAUUAUAUUGCGGCGGAGGCGGUGGCUGGUACUGUGGCAUCAUUACGGCAUGUUCAGUGUGGCGGCAAUCCUGUAUUGCUGCGGCAUCUGGCGCAUAUAACGUCAUCCCGGCGAUGCGGAAUCAACCUCGUGUUACGUCGGCAUUGGCUUGUUCCAGUGGUGUCCCGGGCUAGUGUCAUCCUUCCGGCGGUACUGCGGCAACCUCUUGUUCCGACAGUAUCCGGAGCAUAUGGUGGCUACGGUAUAUUGUACGGUCGUGUCACGUUUCGCAGAUUAAAAUACCAGAUGGUGUUUAUCCAUCCAAAGGUUGAUGCUGCGCCCAGCCUUAUAUUCGAAUCCUAUAUCGAAAUGCUGUCCAGACUUAUACCAUGGGGUUUAGAUUCGUGUCCAUUGUCCCAACCUUUGUUCCAAUCUCAU